GUUCCGUUUGCUAUGACUCAGUUGUCUCAAACUUAUAUUUAUGUAAGCUGGAGCAUGGGCUUUUAAACACAAAAAAAAAAAACAUUUUGAAAUGGAAGCAGUUGCUAGAGAAAAUGAUCAACCAAAUCAUUGCGAAGAAGAAGAAGUUCCAGCGAAUGAAGCUGUCGAGAAUGGCCUUCAAGGUGAGGUAACUUCAAAGGGUUAUACGCCAGACUUGUCCAACGCAAACUUCAAUCAGCAACAGCAGCAGAAAAAUAAUGGCGAGGAUGACCUCUUGCCUGGAACUCGACUUCGCCGCCGUCGCAGGAAUUUGCUUCUGGAUACCUAUGUGUGCAAUGAGUGCCACCAGUAUGUGCGUGGUGGUGUGGUCACCAUCUGUGGUCAUUUGUUUUGCUGGACUUGCCUGUGGCCCAAAUUGAGUGGUACAACAACGCCAAGAUGUCCAUUCUGUCUACGCCAUUUGCUCAUGUACGAGGACAUCAUGCCCUUCCAUGGAGAGGGACCCAAUGCCCAUCAGAAGGAUAAUAAUGUGCCAGCCCAGCCGGGCUCUGUGCCUCGCCCAACGGGACUGUACCUCUCUGACUCCGAAUUUCCCUGCUGGUUCGCGGUCAACGAUCCUAUAGAUGGGUGCCCAGCGACUUUCCCUGAAAUUCGCAGGGAGAGGGAUCUUUACUGCGCGAUAAGGCUUAUGCCAAUGGUGUACCCUUGGAUCGGAGCACAGAUUACUUUCCUCAAGUGGUUCCAGUUGGGAUGCGUGUUGGUCAUAUUUCUGAUAUGGUCCAUACUGUCACUGUUCUAAGAAGGGUUUUUGUGAUACAUCUUUGUUUUCGUUAAUGGGAUUUUUUUUUGGUCAAUAUCUUAAGAGGUUGGUCGGACCUCAA